GUCCACGCCAACGUGCCCUCGCUCAACGGGUCGGGGCAGCUCAGCGUGCUGUCCGAGCCCCUGGACGCGCUGGCGAGCUUCCCGGCGCUGUGGGACCGGUGGCUGGACUACCACAAGAGGCUGCCCGGGGUGGCCGAGGUGCGGAGGACGGACGUCACGGUGGCCUCCGAGAUCGAAGAAGAGAAC